ACUGCUCUCCAAACUGGCGCAGAUGGAAGUGCCGCUCCUGGCCAAGCGUCGUGGAGAAAGCGCACAGUUGCUGAAGUGUAGCAGCAAUGGCAGACGAAAAACCCAAGGAAGGAGUGAAGACCGAGAACAAUGACCACAUCAACUUGAAGGUUGCAGGACAAGACGGCUCAGUGGUGCAGUUCAAGAUCAAAAGGCACACACCUCUCAGCAAACUCAUGAAGGCAUAUUGUGAAAGACAGGGCCUGACGAUUAGGCAAAUACGGUUCCGGUUUGAUGGUCAACCCAUCAACGAGACGGACACACCAGCACAAUUGGAAAUGGAAGAUGAAGACACAAUUGAUGUGUUCCAGCAGCAAACGGGAGGUUUUCUUCACUAGGGGCCUAUGUUCCCCACCAACACCCCUACCUCCCCUAUCAGCUCACCUCUACGUUCCCUAAUAAUGUCUUCUUUUCUGAAACUCCGCUUUUGAAUUCCAAAUUGACCUCUAACUCCUAUCCCUAGGCACUUCAUGCAGAUCUGAAACGAUUGGAUAGGUUUGACCAAUAUGGUAAUAUCUCUGACUUGCUGUAUGAUGGCCAUAUUGGAUACAUCCAAUCCUUUCAGGUCCACAGAAGUGCCUAGGGAGUAAGAGUUUGGGGUCGAUUUGCGAUUCAGCAUACCUAUUUUUACAACUGUUAAUACCAUUCACUCUGAUAUUUUCACAAAAUGCACAUAACAUACUGUUGUAUAUUAUAUCAUCCUUGCAUUUAUUCUGUACAUAAACAUCUGUAAGUAAGGGUUGUGAGUGAGGGUACCCAUUUUUGUCAGAUCCUGUUUCAUGUGCCGAACUAAUCCAGCAAUCAAAGCCUACAAUUCUGGACAAUGUCUUUUUUGGAAGGUGAGUGUAAAUUCUUUACGUCUAAUUCAUCAGUUUUGACGAUUGCUGGUCAGCAGACUUCAGUUUUUGUUUUCAGAGAUGGAUUCUUGAUCCUUUUUUUUUAUACUUAUGUUGUAGAGGUUUUGUUUGCGAUGCAACUUGUAUUGAUGUUCUCUAAUAAGCCUGCAUUUCAAUUGACUCGCAUCUGUUAUUGUUGAAAUAAAUUGAUUCUUUUUUAAA